AACGGCGAGGUGGCGUGUUGUCUGCUGUGCAGCUGCGUUACAACUGUUAGCAUGGCAGCGGUCUUAAUUCGACUCGUUCCGAGGGAUUUCAAGCUCAUUCCUCGCGAAGUUCGGCAUCACGCGUCCAAAUGGCAUUCGAGACGAAGUCUGCACAUCCCACGUGCUGCAAGCUGUGUUCCACGUCGUCCGGUGGCGUCACAGGUGCGAGCCAGUCUGCCUGCAUUGCGUCCCCUGCACACCAGCCCAUGGCUUCAGGAGGUUGUGGCAUUCAAGCUCUCCGACAUUGGCGAGGGUAUCAGCGAAGUGACAAUCAAGGAAUGGUACGUCAAGCUCGGUGACACUGUGAACCAGUUCGACAGCAUCUGUGAAGUGCAGAGCGACAAAGCGUCAGUUACCAUAACGAGCCGCUAUGACGGCCGAAUCAAGAAGCUGUACCACGAAGUUGACGACAUCUGCAAGGUUGGGUCCCCGCUCGUCGACAUCGAGGUUGACGACGACUCGCUCAGUUCGUCAGAUGAUGACGAAGUCCAGGACCAGGACAUUAAGUCUCAGCGCAGUGAACAGUCUUCGGAGCCCCUGGCCAGCGAGCCUGGUGGCGGAAUAGGGGACAAGGUGCUCACAACACCUGCAGUCCGUCGGAUAGCCAUGGAGAACAAUAUACGCCUCUCCGAUGUCACGGGCACUGGCAAGGAUGGACGUAUCCUGAAGGAAGAUGUCCUGCGCUACAUCGAGCUCAAGCAGGCCCCAAGACCAUCAGCACCAGCCAAGGCAUCUACACCUGCAGCUGCACUGAAGCAGGCGGCACCAACACCGGCUAAAGCUCCAGUCCAUCAGAAACCAGUCACAGUCAAGACAUUGCAAGCCGUUGCAGACCGUGUUGAGCAGGUGAAGGGCAUCCGCAAAGCCAUGGCCAAGACUAUGGCACAGUCUCUGGCAAUCCCACACUUUGGUUACUGCGACGAGAUCAACGUCACACGGCUUGUGGAGCUGCGGCCAAUCCUUAAGCCACUUGCUGACCAAAUGGGUGUUCGGCUAUCCUACAUGCCGUUCUUUAUGAAGGCGCUCUCCGUAUCACUGUUCGAGUACCCCAUCCUCAACUCUUAUGUGGAUGAGAAGGUUGAGAAUAUCACAAUUAAGGGCUGCCAUAAUGUUGGCAUUGCCAUGGACACCCCGAACGGUCUGGUGGUGCCCGUUGUCAAGAACGUUGAGUCCAAGAACAUCAUGGAAAUUGCUGCUGAUCUCAACCGGCUCCAAAAUUUGGGCGUGGCAGGGCAGCUACAACAAGACGACCUCACCGGUGCCACCAUCACAUUGUCCAACAUUGGCGCGGUUGGUGGGACUUACGCCAAGCCUGUCAUUGCUAGACCAAUGGUGUGCAUUGGUGCGAUUGGAACAAUUCAGAAGCUGCCACGAUUUGAUGCUGAUGACAAUGUAAUCAAGGCGCACAUCAUGCAAGUCAGUUGGUCUGCCGAUCACAGGGUCAUCGAUGGUGCAACCAUGUCACGCUUUUCGAACUUGUGGAAGAUGUACCUGGAGACGCCUGCAAUGAUGUUGGUUCACCUCAAAUAGACCUCGGUUAUUGUGCAAGUGUACAGUCCGUGACCGUUCACAAUGUCAAGGAACAGUCCUGGACUGGGCGGCUUUAGUGCUACGUGUCCUGUGCUGUCUCCUAAGGAGCAAUCGCAGAUGGCAUUGACUGUUGGACAUGAGUCGCACUCCGUUAUACAAUGAAGAAUGGUCAGCUACUCACAAAUGGUACUUCUUGUAAUGCCUCCUCCUCUGCAAAGUUCAGCAUGAAGAACACCAGGGCACCUCGUCAUCUGCUGCAGAUGGACGCGACCGCAUUCUGCAAAUAGUCGAGGUUGGUAAUGAAUGUCUUUCAAGAUGGAAGCAUGCACUUUCUCAGUGUAAUUUGCCAACUCUCUGGGUCACUGACUAGCUGGUGUCAGCUGUUGUCGAUCUUGUCACGAGCAAAUCAACAUUUUAAAGAGUAUCGCAGGGGAUGUGUACUGUUGUUUGUCAUCACCUGCUGUUGUAAGCAGCGAAGUGAGCAGCAUUCAUCAGGAGUCUCGUCGUGCUGAAGUGAGCAAUGCAAAUAAUUCAAUUCAAUGGCUUUCUUAAAUGUGUUUGUCAAGUUUAACUUAAUUUCUAUUUCCCUAGUGCUGUCGGCUUUGUUAAAGUCUUGAAGUACAAAAAAAAAAAUUUGAUGAAUAAGACUUCAUCAUGUUGAUUUUUGUGCAUAUUACAGAAAAUAGCACGUCUUUAUGAUAAGCGUGUCAGCUGGGAGUUCUCUUGCUAUGAAUUUGGUGCAAAUGCUGAUAACCCAGUCUUGUCACCUUUUAGAGUUGUAAAUCUUGUUGUAUGCUGUGGUGGAUGGGAAGCAUGCAAGUUUUCAAAUGAAUUCAGUGAAAUGCAAGUUUAUUAUAAAAUGCUUAAACUCAUCAGGUUUUUGAUGCAGUGUGCAAUUUAUAGAGAUGCUGUUUAACAUUACUGUGUGCUUUUCUGGUGCCAACUCUCCACUUUGGCAUGACAUGUGACAGCUUUGUCUUAAUCUCUAUGUUCCACCAUCUCACGGCAUGAUUGAAACUUUGGCAGGCACCUGUGGCAUACCUUUAAAAAGAAGGUUGAUUUUACAUGGUUAUUGAAGUUUAUAUUGAGUUCAUAAAGAUGUGUGACAAACGCGUAUUAGAGAUUAUCUCAGCAUUCGACUUGCUGUCAAGUAUUGUGAGGUAUUUUGCAUUUAGAGCCUGUGUUCACCAAGUGGUACAAAAGAUGAGCCCUUGAAUAUCUCUGCUGUAGAGGCAUGUUGCAGGUCUAGAAUCACUGGCUUAAUUUUUAUGCUGCACGUGUUUAAAACCAUUUUUAUAUAUAUGAACGUAAUGGUUAAGCCUACUCCAUUAAAUGCCUGUAGAAAUAUAAGCAUUCAGUCAACAAAAAAUCGAGAUCUCGAAAUCACAGUGACUAAACGUAUAAAACAGCAAUGAAUAUCAGCACAAGGAACAUUGUGAGUUCAAAUGACCAUAAGUGGGCACAACAGGCUGUUAUCUGGGACACAAGGGAUAACCUUAGUUGUGAAGGCAGUCGGAGAUUUCUUGUGAUAAUUGUAUUUGCUUGUGUACAGAGCCACUUCUGUGUUUUUCCCCCCACUUUUGUCGUCCUGUGCUUUGCUUUUCUACUAUGUUGAAGCAUUGGCAUCACUGGAAUAGCUCUACGGUCUUUGUUUCAUCCAAACUAUGUUCUGCAGAUAGAGCAUGUACCGACAAUGUCAUCAUACACUGCAGUGACGAUGAUGCCACCGCUGGCAUGGUCAGCAGCUUUGGUUGAAAUAAAGAUUAUGAUAAGU